GAAAUCCAUACUCCGAAGAAAAAAGACAAAACAGAAUAGAUAGACCCCGAGAGAGCGAGCGAGCGAGUCGAGCGAGCGAGCUUCCGAAUCCUCCGAUGCCAAAGAACGUUCCGUAUAUCUGUCUCGAUCCCUCUCAUUCCUGAUCCUUCUCGUGCUUCCAAGAACCGAGUACGAGAAUUGCCGAUCGCCGACGAUGGUCCUCCGAUCCCCUCGGGCCUCUCCUCUCCAUAUCCGGCGAGACGAGAUCUCAGCGGAGCAUUUUGGUUUGAUCCGAGAUAGGGAUUAGGGUAGGGGGAUGGAGAUGUUGGGUUGGGAGUUAGAGGAGUGAGGGAGGGUGGGAAGAGGGUUCUUGUUCUCUUUUGUGAUGGGGAAUAAGAUCGGGAGGAGGAGGCCGGUGGUGGAUGAGAAGUACACGAGGCCGCAGGGUCUUUACCAGCAUCGAGACGUCGAUCACAAGAAGCUCAGGAAGCUCAUUCUCGAGUCCAAGCUGGCGCCUUGCUACCCUGGGGACGAGGAGAGCAGUCUCGAUCUUGAGGAGUGUCCUAUCUGCUUUCUGUAUUAUCCGAGUCUAAAUCGCUCAAGAUGUUGUAUGAAAGGCAUAUGUACAGAGUGUUUUCUCCAGAUGAAGCCACCUCAUUCUACUCGCCAAACACAGUGUCCCUUUUGCAAAACCUCGAACUAUGCUGUGGAAUAUCGAGGUGCUAGGUCAAAAGAGGAAAAGGGCUUGGAGCAAGUUGAAGAACAGAGGGUUAUAGAAGCACAAAUAAGGAUGCAGCAGCAAGAACUUCAGGAUGAAGAGGAAAGAAUUCAAAAGAGAAAAGAUGCAAGUUCAUCAAGCAGGAUAAUGGCUGCAGAAGUAGAAUAUCAUGAUACAUCAAAUAGCUUGCUUUCAGUGCCCUCUUUGAGAUACCCAACACAAACUGAUGGAUACGUUCCUUCUCAAGGCUCAUUUACUGUGCCAGCAAGCAGACAACCGUCACACACAAGGCAAAGCAGGGAAGAUAACUUUGACAUGGAUCUUGAAGACAUAAUGGUCAUGGAAGCCAUAUGGCUUUCUAUUCAGGAGAGAGGAGGCCCAAGAAAUCUAGCUUCUGGCCACAGAUUAUCAGGAGAUUGCCAUGAUUCCCAUCCAGUAGUUCGAACAGAAGCAUCACCCACUGGUGGCCUUGCAUGUGCAGUUGCUGCAAUGGCCGAGUGUCAGCACAUGAACAGGGAUUCUACUUUUUUGGCCGGAAGCAGUGCCCCAGUUUUCAGCACAUCAAGGCAGCUGAGCAGCUUACAUGUGGGAGAUGACAGGAUUGUGGAGAACUAUCACUCUGAGAAGUGGCCUGAUGUGUCAUCAAACUGUAGGAGGACGAUAGCAAGGGAGGAUGGUGAUUGGGCAAUGGACCACAGGUCAGAUUUGGCAGAGGCAGGGACCAGCUUCGCCAACUCUGCUGUUGCAGUGGAUGCAGGAGCUGCACUUUCCGAAGGUGCUACUAUGGCUGCAGGCCACCUCCCUCCCGAGAGUUUUGAGGAGCAAAUGAUGCUGGCUAUGGCUGUUUCACUAGCAGAGGCUCGAGCAAGGACACACCCACAAGGACUGAGCUGGAUGUAGUGUUUGCUUGGCCUUACGAAUUUGCCUUCUUUUCACACUAUUCCUUGAGUAAGCUCAUUGUUUUUUUUUGCUUUUCUUUCUUUCCCCUUCUAGAUAGUUGAAUUUUCUUAACCCAGGUACUGUGAUUUUCAUUAUACGUGGCUUUCACAUAUGUAUGUAAAAAAGGUUCAGGUAGGGAGGGGAUAAAUGUGGAGAAUUGGACCGAUGUUGGAUAGACAGGAAAAUUUGAGUUUACCGGCUAAUGCAAUGCGGAAUAAUUUAUUGCAUCCUUUAA